UUUUUUUAAGUGGCUCAAUAUACUGCAAGUGGCUCUGCACAACUACAAAUUACAAUCCGAAGUACUCUACUACCCAUCCAGCUUCCUCAAACAAAAUGUUAUCACAGGAAAAGGGAGGGUUUCCAAAAAUUGCUGGAGGCCGAAGCCAACAGACGUGUUCGGAUGUGUAAUUUGCAAUCAGCAAAAGACUGUGCCUCGGUAUGGACCUCACUGGCGACAGUACGUGCCCGAGCACAAGAAUGGGAACCAGAAACGCAGAGUGGCCUUAUAUAUACCCUACGCGUUUAGGGCAGGCUUGUCAAUGUGGCGCGCGGCGGCGUUUGUCAGAUUGUGGCGGAAAAUUGGCGCGGCGGACUAUAGAUUCUUGCUAGCGUUGGUCAAUGUCAAUGUAUGUGCUCUAUGAUGUAGGCUUGCGAGUACUGG